AUGGUGAAGAAGAAGAAGAAGAAGCUGCAUAGAAUUGUUGAUAUUGAAAGGAUGAACAACAUGCAAAGUGAAAACAAGAAGAGGGUAUCAGCAAAGGGCAAGAUCAACGGCUCACAAUGGUCUGAUGAUAGUGUUAAUCGUGGCAAAGGAAAACAAAAACAGUACCCCAUGCAGCUGCAGGUUGACUCUGCAGAGAGUUUCUACAACAGACUCAGUGAGCUGUAUGAGUCUUGGGGGCUGAACCUAGUCUUUAAUGCAAGAGAAACAAUGUUGGACUUGCAUCUCUUUUACAAAGAAGUGACUGUUAGGGGAGGAUUUCAUCUGGUUACUAAGGAUAGGAGAUGGGAUGAAGUUGCGUUUGCUCUUAAAUUGGAAGGAAACAAUAUGAAGUUUCAUACUCAACUUCAAAUACUUUAUGCACUUUUUCUGUACAAGUUUGAGCUAACUUACUUCUAUAGGGAACCAGCAAAAGCAGCUAGAGCUUCAGAUUGCUCAGGAAUGAAGCGGAAGAGUGGGGACAAUUUAUUUGAUUUUACAACUAUUGAAGAUAAUGUAGUGAUGAAGAAGAUGUGCAAGGACAAUGCUUUUCCAUUGUUGCCAGGUCCUAGAACUGCAGAGCCAAAACUGUCCCCACAGACGCCAUCCAAAAACAAAGAGACAAAGAAACGUCCAGGUGCUCAACGGGGGCUAAGGACUGCAUAUCACAUCUUCAUGAAGGAGGAAUGUACUCGACUAAGGACUGCUCAUGGGGACAGUUUGGAGCGCCAAAAUGUCCGAGAAAUGGCACUUGUUGCAUGGAGAAGCCUCUCCGAGAGGGAGCGACAGCCAUAUAUCGAGGAAAGUAUGAAAGAAAGGGAAAGAGUGAAAGAAAUGGCUACCUUCAAAGAAAGGGAAAAAAUGAAAGAAAUGGCAGCCUUCAGCGAUUGCCAGAACCUGCAAAUUACAAAGACUCAUGAGACUUGCCUGGAUGGUGACUACCAUGUGACUUUGGAAACUGAGGUAGAGAACUUCCUUGUGCCUGAUGAAUCAACUGUCAACUUGGCCAUUACAAUGAUGAAUGACCCUAUACUUCAGAUUGACUGCUUUGGGUCUCUCGACGUACCAGCUGAAGGAUCCAAUUUGCUCUAGAGCUUCAGUUUGUGGAGUUUCUUUUGUGAUGGGGGAAGGUGCCCUAUAUAAAUUAGAAGAUGGGUACUUGUACUGUUUGUACUAUUGUACAUGCAUCCUUCUUUGGUCUGUCUUUUGCAUAUAGUAGUGUUUUCUUUUGGAGCUUUUGAAUAUGUGUACAUGUUUCCCAUCGGCCAUAUGAGCUUCUAUCAUUAUCUUUUUUUGUUUAGGCAGCAGCUAAAAGAGUAGAAGUGCAUUACAGACCCUCCACUUGUAUCAAUUUUGUAUCAGUCAAAAGGUGUUUUAGUUGACCUACACAAUUUUUUUUUCAAUCUUUUGGUUUCCUUGGAGAAAUUCGUGAACAGAAAUGCUAAACAUGUUCACUUUCUUAUGC